GGCGUUAGUAUAAAAGCGGCGUGGGUGUACGUAGAGGCACCAUAGCUCACUCGCCUUCCAUAGGUAUUGCCUUCCUUCCGCCCCCCGAGUCAUCAGCUAAAAUGUUCGCUCGUGCCUGCUUGCUCGUCCUGCUGUCCUCAGUGUGCCUCUUCGCGGCCGCCGACGAGUCUUACGGAGCGCCCAUCCCCAUCCUGAAGGACGACCGGACGCAGGACGCCUACGGUGGCUACUCCUUCGACUUCGAGUCCGGCAACGGCAUCGUCCGGCAGGAGUCCGGGAAGGAGAGCGACGGACAGGCGAAGGAGGGAGGCUGGAGGUACAUCUCCCCCGAGGGCGUCCCCGUCGAGAUCGUCUUCGUGGCCGACCAGGGGGGCUACCAGCCCCAGGGGGCGGUCGUCCCCGUGGCUCCCCCUCUUCCUUACCAAAGAUCCGGCAAUUAACUAAGUAACAGACAGUAGCUAGGGAAAUAGGUAAAAUGAAAGACGAAACUGCACAAGUAUGAAAAGGGAAAUGACGAAUCCUAAAUACUAGAGUUUGAUGUCACCACCUGAGUAGGAAACGCAUUUUUUCUCGUAACGAUUUACUUUUGUUUUCGCCUUCUUUCCUUCUUUUUUUUUUCUGUGGCAGCAUUUUUUCUUUCAAUCCUACUUUCAAAUUACUGCAAAACUGCUAAAAAAAAGAAAAAAAAGAUUGCUCCUAACUCCGCAGCCAAACAUUUUGUUUUUUUCUGUCCAAUAUUGGGAUACGUUAUUCUUAAUCAACGUAACUCAAAUCUUGUCUAAAUUCGUACUUUCACAUUGCUUGCCAUACCUAAGAAUGAUCAGCACAAGGACAGUCACCAACGCUUUAUUCGUCGCAUUUUCACUGCCUAGAAUGCUUGCUUUCGUUAAAUUAAAAUAUCUAUUCCCUCCUUUAUUCAUGAUUAUCAGUUCUAGUCAGCCUUAGUCUCUGCUUACGCCUUCUGUACACUUGCUUUCCUUUGCUUGUAUUUCUAGCCAUGAUUUUACAUACCUGAUUAAUAGGAAUGUUCAUGCCUAUUUUGAGGUUAAUAUUUUUAUGUAAUUGUUGUAAUGUGAUGUUACUCUUCUGUGAAGAAGCAAAUUCGAAAUUGAAAUUGCAGUCGUUGUCUUAUGAAUAAAUUGU